ACGGUGUCGGUCUCUGACCGUCUAAGAGUGUCCGAAAGAGACACGACCGAGCACAGGGCACUAUUUUCGGACGCUAAAAGCCAGGAAAAUGCCAAAUUUCGGUGACUUGAAAAGUGACGCUGGCGUCAAGGCCCUAAAUGAUUAUCUUGGGGACAAAAGUUACAUCGAAGGGUUUGUCCCAUCCCAGGAUGAUGUAGCAGUGUUUGAAGCUCUGGGCAAGGCCCCAGCUGGAAAGUAUUCACAUGCUCUCAGGUGGUACAAUCACAUUAGCUCAUUUGGUGCUGAGAAGAGCAAGUUCCCUGGUGUAAAGAAGGCCCUUUCCAACCAGGCCCCAGCUCCUGCUGCUGCCGAUGAUGACGACGACGAUGAAGUUGAUCUCUUUGGCUCGGAUGAGGAGGAAGAGGAUGAGGAAGCUGCCCGUGUAAGAGAGGAGAGACUAGCUGCCUACGCUGCUAAGAAGUCUGCUAAACCAGGUCCUAUUGCCAAGUCACAGAUCAUGUUGGACUGCAAACCUUGGGAUGAUGAGACCGACAUGAAGGAGAUGGAGAAUAAGAUUCGUACAAUCACCAUGGAUGGUCUUGUUUGGGGAGCAAGUAAGCUCAACCCCCUGGCUUUUGGCAUCAUGAAGCUCAGUAUCUUGUGCACGAUAGAAGACGCUAAAGUUUCUGUUGAUGACCUCACUGAGAAGAUCGAGGAGUUUGAGGAUUACGUCCAGUCUGUUGAUGUUGCGGCAUUCAACAAGGUCUAGAUGCAUCGCUACUCUGGUCUUCCAGUUGUUGCAGUCUGACGUUAAUAAAAUCCGAAAAAAAAAUAUUUUUAAUAAAGUCAAACGUCC